CCAAACCGGUGCACAGGAAGUCCCACUUGAGCAGGAGGAAGAACUUCUUUACUCGUUCGGGUGAUCGAGCACUGGAACAGAUUUCCCGGAGAGGCUGCGGAGUCUCCCUUAUCUGAGAUACUAAAGAACUGCAUGAACUCGUUCCUCUGCCGUGUGCUCCAGGACGACCCUGUUCGGGCACGGAGGCUGGAUCAGCUGUCCCGCCGUGGAGCCUCUCCAGCCUGAUCCGUUCCGGGACGGCGGGACUGUGGCUGUGACUACAGCUCCCAGCGGGCUGCGCGGCGCCCGGGCGCUGCCGGGAGGCGGCGGCAGUGGCGGCCGGGCGGGCGGUCGGUCGGCGGGAUGCGGCUGUCGGUGGCGGCCGCCAUCUCGCAUGGCCGCGUCUACCGGCGGCUGGGGCUCAGCCCGCAGUCACGCCUGGACCUGCUGCGGAACCUGGUGACAGCGCUGGUGCGCCAUGAGCGCAUCGAGACGCCCUGGGCGCGGGCCGACGAGAUGCGCGGCUACGCCGAGCGGCUCAUCGACUACGCCAAGCGGGGGGACAAGGACGAGCGCGCCAUGCGCAUGGCGGAUUUCUGGCUGACCGAGAAGGACCUCAUCCACAAGCUGUUCAAGGUGCUGGCGCCCCGCUUCCAGCCGCACGCCGGCAGCUACACGCGGCUGCUGCAGAUCCCCAACCGGGACGGGUUGGACCGCGCUAAGAUGGCGGUGAUCGAGCUGAAGGGGAACCCGCUGCCGCCGCUCGUCCGCCCGCGCCGCGACUCCGACAGGACGCUGCUGAACCAGCUGCUCAAGGGAUACCGGCAGGACGCGCAGCGGGCCCGCGGCACCUCCGUCUAGGGCCCCCCCAUGCCCCAGGGAGGGGGUGGUGUGUGUGGCAGGAGGGCUGGAGGGUGAUGGAAGUUGCCAUGGAGAGGGCUGCUGAGUUUCACCGCUUCCUCGAAAUGGUUUGAAGAUGACACUCAGCAGGAGAAGGAAAUCAAGCUAGGAGCCCUGAUGAUUGGUAUUUUCUGUGUAAAUAAACUUUGUUUAGAAAGGCGGUUUGCUUGUA